GCAGCAGCAGCAGGAUCUUCAUCUACUCAGACUGACAAGCAAUCUGUGAAAAGAUUUACUUUCUGAUUUUCAUGUUUACCUCCUGAUUGGAAUAUAAUCCUGCUCUUUUAUUCUUCAAGAAGCUUUGUGUGCAGUGAUAAGGAAUAGAACAAAUACACACUUCAUUCAUACAAUCUCCAUUAUAACCUUUUUUUUUUUCAUUCAAGUAUUUACAGCAAACACAGAGAACAGAGGGCCUUAGAGAGAUACAGGGAGGUACUGGGGGCUGUGCGAGGUUCUGUUUUAGUUGGUCCCCUCGCUCUCUGCUGCACUGGAGAUGCUGGCCCUUUUCAAUAAGCUUUUGGACUGGUUCAAGGCCCUGUUCUGGAAGGAAGAGAUGGAGCUGACGUUGGUGGGGCUGCAGUACUCAGGGAAAACCACCUUUGUCAAUGUGAUAGCGUCAGGACAGUUUAAUGAAGACAUGAUACCAACUGUUGGGUUUAACAUGAGGAAAAUCACUAAGGGAAAUGUAACCAUCAAGCUAUGGGAUAUAGGUGGGCAGCCACGUUUUCGAAGCAUGUGGGAGAGGUACUGUCGAGGAGUGAGUGCUAUUGUGUAUAUGGUGGAUGCUGCAGAUCAGGACAAAAUUGAGGCAUCGAAAAAUGAGCUACAUAACUUACUGGACAAGGCUCAACUGCAAGGGAUUCCGGUACUUGUCCUUGGAAAUAAAAGAGACAUUGCAGGAGCUCUGGAUGAAAAAGAGUUGAUCGAGAGGAUGAACCUUUCUGCUAUUCAGGACAGGGAAAUCUGCUGCUACUCCAUCUCUUGCAAAGAGAAAGAUAACAUUGACAUCACCCUACAGUGGCUUAUUCAGCACUCCAAAUCCCGGAGAAGCUGAGAUGAACAUAUAUCUGUCCGCCACCUUUAAAUAUCCCAGCAAGCAUUUUGUGUCUGGGACUUAUUAUAAUAUCAAGAAAAUGGAAAGACGUCCAGAUCCCUGAAAUUCUCUCUCUUGCCCUUCUCAUUUCUCUUUAUGCUCUGUAUCCCAAUUUCCCAUCUCUCUCUCUCUCCUAUUUUUGUAUUUUUAAACUAUCAUCUUUCCUUUCCUUGUAAGAUAAACUCCAAUUUCCUUCACUCUCGACCUUCCUUCACCCCCCUUUCUUCCUUUUUAUUGUUGUUGAUGUGUGUGCGUGUAUAUAUCUAUACAUGUGUAUAUACAUAUAAUUUAAUUGUUUUUAUUUAACUUUACAUAAUAAUUUAGCUCUCAGCUGGCUGGUAUAUAUACCUGUACAGGGAGGAAGUAUAUAGACUAAAAUGUCCAGCACAAGUUUCUUGAUAAUGUCCUCCAUCUUGAAGAAUUUGCACCAGAAUUUUAAUAAUUUGUCAAUAGUAAAUGCAGUUUUCUUUCCACAAGACACAAAUGAAUUUGCAUCAGGAAGUAUUAAGAAAAGAUGUAUUCCACAUCCUUUAUCUUCCCAACGUGUGUCUUGGAUUAGCUAAUUAUUGCAAUGCUCAGGAAAAGGCAGGCAUUUUAGAAUGAUACAAAACUGACUUUGCUUAAGAUAGUACUGUACUUAUAUGUGAACUGAUUUUACUGAUAAUAACACAGUUAAAGUCACAGAUAAAGGAGGUUCAUAAGGUCAAUUAAAAAGGUCAAGUGACUUUCUACAGGAAACUGGAAACAGCUCGUUAUAAAUAUUUAAAAUAAAGCCCUCAACAAUAGGUAGCGCUGAAACAAGCUGAAAUUCUAUUAUUUUUAAGUUAAUAAUGUACUCAUGUCUGAGAGGAGCAGAAUAUAGUUGUCCUUAUGAAAUGCAGUAAUCUGCAUAAUAGGCGCUUUACUCUGUGGCACAUUUCAUUAAAAGGGACAUCAUACCCAACAAUUGUCUUUCAGGAUUCAGAUAGGGUAUACAAUAUUAAAUGUAUGUCAAUUAUCAAAUUUGCUUCAUUCUCUUGGUAUCCUUUAUUGAAGAAGUAGAGCACUACUGGCUCUAAGGCCUACCUAUGUAUGCUUUUCAACAAGAAAUACCAAGAGAAUGGAGCAAAUUAGGUACUGGAAUUAAAUUGGAAAGUUGUUUUAAAAUUACAUGCUCUAGUUGAACCCUGGAAGUCUAAUUUUGACUUUAGCGCCCCUUUAACACACUGCUCUGCAGAACCUCUCAGAAUAAUGUCGCAUUUCAUUUGUUUCUGUUAUUUUUUUCUUGUGUACAUUUUAUUUAAUUUUUUGGCUUCUAAUAAAUUAAUAAUUUUGUCAGCGUUA